AUGGAUUCACUCAUCUCCUCUCAAGAACGUCCUCUCGUUGAAACAUUAAAACAACAAUUAUUUGAUCCUGCAUUGGCCACAAGACUCAUUCCGAAUCAACAAGAAUCCAAUGAUUCAAAUACAUUGAACUCUCUCAAAACAAUGAAUGAUUUAUGGAAUGCAUUAAAUCAAUUUCUCACCAAAUCUGAAAUUCAUCCAGAUUUGUUUUAUGUGAGAUGGUUGAGAGCUACCAAUGGAGAUGUUUCCAAAUCCAUGAAUUCUAUUAUUGAAUUGAUCAAAUGGAGAGAACGAAUUCAAUUAGAAAAAUUGACCUACUCACAUUUUGAUAGUAUUUUCACCAAAGUUGAGAAUUUUGUUUAUUUCAUGGGUCAUGAUAAAGAUGGAUCUCCUGCCAUUUGUUUGGAAAUUGAUAAAUUUGUUCCUGGAUCAUUACCAUACGACCAGUUAGAAAAAGUAGUAGGAUUUGUAUUGGAAAUUGUGAUACAUGAAUUGCGUUUAAAGUCACAGGGGAAGUUAGAGAGAUUUGUUGUCUUGAUUGAUUACUAUAAUUGGGGAUUGUCUUUGGUGGACACAAAGCUUGAUAAGGCUAUUUUGGGAACAUGUCAGAAUUAUUUCCCUGAACGAUUGAAAUUGGCUUGUUUGAUGAGAGCACCAUGGCUAUUUUCUACAGCAUAUGCAGUUGUUAAAGUAUUUUUGGAUGAAAAGACCACCGAAAAGAUUGCUUUUGUGAGUGAAAGUGAAAUUCCAACAGAAUUGAAAAAGAGAUUUGAUGAACAAGUUCUGUUAGACAGAUUUGGAGGAAAAUCUCAAAAGAAGCAGACCAUUAAGGAAUAUUUAGGUGCUUUAUUGGGUCCAAACGAAACUUUGGAAGAAUACUAUGCAAAGAGAUCUCCUUCAUUACAACACUAG